UGCCACUCCCAGUCUGUGCCCGGCCUCCUCCUCCUCACAGACACCGGCACCGAGCUCCGCCAUGGGGGACAACAGGCUUCCUCCUCCGGGGGGAGAGAGCAGCCGUACGGGAGAGCAGAACGGAUGCGGCAUUAGUAAUGGUGACGAGGAUGAACCUCUGCUCAGGAAGAAUCCCCGUCGUUUCGUCAUCUUUCCCAUCCAGUAUCCCGACAUUUGGAGAAUGUACAAGAGGGCGCAGGCUUCCUUUUGGACUGUGGAGGAAGUGGAUUUAACCAAAGACCUUGCCCACUGGGAGAAGCUGACAUCGGAUGAGAAGAGCUUUAUUUCCCAUAUUUUGGCUUUCUUUGCUGCUAGCGAUGGCAUCGUUAACGAGAACCUGGUGGAACGAUUCAGUCAGGAGGUCCAGAUACCAGAAGCUCGAUGUUUUUAUGGCUUUCAGAUUCUCAUUGAGAACAUCCACUCUGAAAUGUACAGCCUGCUCAUCGAGACGUACAUCAAGGAUCCUCAGAGUCGAACUUUUUUGUUUAACGCCAUUGAAACAAUGCCGUGCGUUAGAAAAAAAGCGGAAUGGGCCUUGCAGUGGAUAUCAAACAGGAAAGCCUCAUUUGGAGAGAGAAUUGUUGCGUUUGCCGCUGUAGAAGGGAUCUUCUUCUCUGGAUCUUUUGCCGCUAUUUUCUGGAUGAAGAAGAGAGGUCUGAUGCCCGGACUCGCCUUCUCCAAUGAACUGAUCAGUCGGGAUGAGGGUUUACAUUGUGAUUUUGCAUGUUUAAUGUUUCGCCACCUGGUGAAUAAACCCACACAAGAGCGAGUCACCAAGAUCAUAGUCAGCGCGGUGAGGAUAGAACAGGCGUUUUUAACAGAAGCUUUACCUGUGGAUCUCAUUGGCAUAAACUGCAGGUUAAUGAAAACUUAUAUAGAAUUUGUGGCAGAUCGACUGCUCGGGGAACUUGGGUGCUCAAAGGUAUUUAAUGUAGAAAAUCCUUUUGACUUCAUGGAAAAUAUUUCUCUGGAGGGAAAAACUAAUUUCUUUGAGAAGCGCGUCUCCGAAUAUCAACGUUUUGCUGUUAUGUCUCAAACAGCGGAUAAUGUCUUCACUUUGGAUGCAGAUUUCUGACUGUGUGGAGCGAUGCCUGGCAUUCCUAACCCGAAGAAGUACAGCACUGUGUACACGAAGGGCUGAGGCCAAGCCUAGGACUUCUGCUCACCCCCUUAGAUGGUUUUCUAAGUGACUGCUGCUUUGUAACAUGCCAAAGACUCUUCUUUUCACAAGAAACACCUUGUGUAUGAAGAACAUAUAACCACAGAGAUAUAAUUGUUAAAGCCAUGUCUACACUUAAAGGCUAUGUCCACCCAGCCAACAUUUUUUUUUAGCAUUGUUCUAAUGAUGUUUUAAAUUUGCAAAUAGUUUUACUUCCAGUAUCUUACUAUUUUAUAUAUACAGUUUAGAGAUGAGUGAAUCGAUUCAUUAGGAGGAGGUCUUCACCUGUGAGGGGCUGUCCCCACAGCCGAAGAAGCGCCCACCUGCCUGUUGAGCGACAGGGCCGGACAUCUAGCUUGGUGAUGACAAUCUGGACCGGGGCGCUGAAGCUCAAAGUAGGAGGGCCUCAAAGCUUCAGGAGGAGCGACUACGUAGGCACAGCUACACUUCUAGAUUGCGGUGCAAGCGCAGUCGCUGCUCCCAGAGACGGAUUUGAGUUUUGGUGCCUGCAUAGGUACUCGGAGCAACGGCACAGGGCCCGGAUUGGGUCAAGGCCGACCCUUUCAAUCUUCAGGCGGUUGGGCACUCCUUCAGCGGUGGGGAGAAACCCUCACAGGUGAAGAGCUUCUGCCAAUGAGACAUCGAUUUGUUAGAAUCAAUUCGCUCAUCCCUACUACAGCUCCUUAUGGUCUCUUCUUGGUUACAGAUUCAAACCAAAACCCUGGUCCUUCAGACUGAAUAAGGGUAUGUUCAUGUUCAGUAACCACAGGGACACAUAACUCUGCAUAGAGGCUGUAGACACAAAACAUCAAGCUAUACUUGCAUUGGAGCGAGAAAAAAAAUUGUUGAAAAGGUGGACAUGCUCUUUAAUCUUCAAGGAUGGGAAAAGGGUGAACUUACUAAUGUUAAAGAUGGUGUAGGCUUUGACCUGCUGUCUUUUCCUGCAGCAGAUUUAUCACAGAGGAUAAAUCUGGUGCAGGGACAGACACUUUUCUCUGACUCUAUACCAACUAUUGGUUGUCUUAAUGUGUGACAGAAUAUUACCCCAGAAUUCUGGUUUGGUGGAAACCAUGGUGAUCGUUAAAAAAUGCCAAUUUAGGUAAUGUUUAGGAUUUAGGAGAAGGAUUUUAAUCUUUUAUCUAGACGACAUGACGGUUUUAUGUCAUAUAGUUUUAUCUUCUUGGCCAGUUACACAGCAACGCUUCACCUUUGCGUCACGUACAGGUCCGCAUCACAGACUGGUGCUUUUCCCAUAAUGCAGUUCUGUUGUCUGCCGUUGCUUGCCUUGCCUCUUAAAGAGAAUACAUGGAAACUGCAGCAUCCCCUUUGCUUGUCCCCUUUGCUUGUCCCCUUUGCUUGUCCCCUUCAUGGGUCCUGUAAUCUGCUUGUCAUUUGGGGCAUCACAUCUUGGAGAGCAUCCUAGGGGCAUUAUAUCUUGGGAAGCAUCUUUGGGGCAUCACCUCUUGUGGAGCUUCUCCUCUUGUGGUGCAUCUUUGGGGCUUAUCCUCUUGUGGUGCAUCCUUGGGGCAUCACCUCUCGUGGAGCGUCCUUGGGGCAUCUCCUCUCGUGGAGCGUCCUUGGGGCAUCUCCUCUCGUGGAGCGUCCUUGGGGCAUCUCCUCUCGCGGUGCGUCCUUGGGGCAUCUCCUCUCGCGGUGCGUCCUUGGGGCAUCUCCUCUCGCGGUGCGUCCUUGGGGCAUCUCCUCUCGCGGUGCAUCCUUGGGGCAUCGGAACUUGCAGAGCAUGCUUUGGGGGGGGGUCGCAUCUGUUCCCCAGCUGCUGCUCUGUCUUCUCUCUACCGUUGCCGAAUGCUGUGAUUCUGAUAAUGUAGGAUUCAAGAUGUAUUAGGGUAUUUAUCACAAUGAAUUAACCUGAGAUAUUAGUUACAGGUUUUAUUGUGAACAUACAUUGAUGUUCUUUCCUUAGGAUGUAAUUGCUGGGGCUCAAACUCCUGGGAACCCCACAAUCAGCAGUACAAAAGGGCCUUUCAAUGUUUAUCCAGGUACAGCGAUGCAUCCGUACAUGUGGAGUGACUUGUACUGCAGCUCAGCCCCGCUCACUUCAGCAUGUGACCUAAUAUCUCAUUUGUAUUCCUGAAAAACCCCUUUAAAUGAACAUCCAAGAUGGAGCUUCACUUUCACAGCGAUAUGUGUUGUGUGCCGGUCUUUGCUGUCCUGAAUUGCACUGUUAUCUCCCUAAUUUCUCAUAGGACUAAUAGGGAGAUGUUUUCAGAAAUGCAUGGACUACUGAAUGUCGGGCAUUGCUGACCUGAUGAAGCUCUGAAUGGUUUUAAAUGCUGAGGACUUUUUUUUACUGUAUUUAUCUGGUAUGACCUUUCUGCUGGUGUAGUAGUAGAAUAAACUAAUGGCAGCCAAAAUGGCUGUGAUAUUGGAUAGUUUACAUUUCUUUAUAUGUUGUAUUGAUUUUCUUUAUAUUUUUGUCUUUCUUUUUGCUAUUACCGGUAUAUAGAUUUGUCGUAAGCAAUUCAUGGUCAAACUUGUACUAACCUCCUUCCCCAAUGUAAAUUUUGGCAUCACUAAAAAAUAAUGAGCCACAAUGUGCCAUCAGAUAAGGAGACCACAACUGUAUGUCACAUGAGAAGCCAAUGGCCGGCCAACUAAAUGCCACCCUGAACUUUCUUUUUUCUCCUCAUUUACUUUUGCUCAGUGAAUCCUCAUUUACGCCUCAUAUUAGUCAUAGCGGUGAGGAACCUCCAGCCGCGUCUUCAUUACAUGUGACAUUUUGGUCUGUCGAGACUUUUAAAGACAAAGCUUGAAGCCUGCACAGUCAGGAAUUGCACGGCAGAGUGGAUCCGGUGAGAGAUGUAUGACAUCACAACACUUUGUACAUAGA